UUUUUGUCCUGGGUUGUGACAGAUUAUUACCUGUUUGUAUUCAAUGGGACGAAGAAUUCAUUUUGUGGUUGACCCUCAGGGUUGGUGCUGCAUGGGCCUGAUUAUCUUUGUCUGGCUGUACAAUACAAUCUUCAUUCCAAAAAUCAUCCUUUUUCCUCACUAUGAAGAGGGACAUAUUUCAGUCAUGGCAAUUUUGUGUUAUUACUUCUGCUCUUUAUUUUGUAUAGCUUCAUUGCUAAGAGCCUCAAUAGCUGAUCCAGGAAAGCUGCCUGAAAACCCAAAGAUACCAAUUACAGAACGAGAAUAUUGGGAAUUAUGUAACAAAUGCAAUAUGAUGAGACCAAAGCGUUCACACCAUUGCAGUCGUUGUGGACAUUGCGUGAGGAGGAUGGAUCACCACUGUCCGUGGAUUAAUAAUUGUGUUGGUGAAGACAAUCAUUGGCUGUUUUUACAGCUAUGUUUCUACACUCAGAUCCUUAGUUCCUAUACACUGAUACUUGAUUUCUGCCAUUACUACUAUUUUUUGCCUCUGAAAAAAGAAAACUGGGAUGUUUUUGUAUUUAGACAUGAACUUGCUCUCCUAAGAAUAUCUGCCUUCAUGGGUUUAAUAAUAUUAAUUGGAAUAAGUGGACUCUUUUACACUCAGCUAAUGGGUAUUUUCACUGACACCACAAGUAUAGAAAAAAUGUCAAACUGUUGUGAAGACAUAUCGAGGCCCCGAAAGCCAUGGCAGCAGACCUUCUCAGAAGUUUUUGGCACUCACUGGAAGAUCCUGUGGUUUAUUCCUUUCAGGCAGAGGCAACCACUACGAGUUCCCUACCACUUUGCCAGUCAUGUCUAA